AGUAAGAUGCUGAUCGACAGCUUGACAUGUCCCGCCCACUUCGUCGUACUGUCCAAUCAUAUUUUACGUUCCUUUGUUGUCGUGCGUGAUUGUGCUGCCGACGGAACUCAUCAACCGAGAAGCUGUCUACUAGAAACCAACACAACAAGAUGGAGGUGGAGCAGCUCCUGUCUCUGUCAGGCUCAGCACUGGCCCAGGCUGUCAGCUCCCUGCUGGAGACCCCAGGCCUCUACGUCUUCUCUGACAUCCUGGAGCUGCCUAAUGUCAGAGAGCUGGAGAAUGGCCCUCAUGCACCAGUGUACCAGCUCCUCAACCUCUUUGCCUAUGGAACCUACUGCGACUACAAAGAGAGAGCAGCCUCUCUUCCCGAGUUGACCCCCGCACAGAGAAACAAACUCCGCCAUCUGUCCAUCAUCAGCCUGGCGUCCAACCUCAAGUGCCUGCCGUACUCGCUGCUCCUACAGCAGCUCGAGCUGAAGAAUGUGCGGGAGCUGGAGGACCUGCUGAUCGAGGCCGUUUACUGUGACAUCAUCCAGGGCAAACUGGACCAGAGGAACCAGCAGGUGGAGGUGGACUGCAGCGUGGGUCGUGACCUGGGCCCCAACGAGCUCCCAAACAUAAUCAACACCCUGCAAGAGUGGUGUACAGGGUGUGAGGCGGUGCUGUGUGGUAUUGAGGAGCAGGUCUCGAGGGCAAACCAAUACAGAGAGAGCCAGUUAAAGGUCAAAGUCCAAGUGGAAACAGAGGUCUCAAACCUACAGAAAACGUUAAAGGCCAGCGCCGCCUCACCGUCAUCAGGCCCCGCCCCCGCCGGAGCCGCCUCAAAUCAGGACGCAGACCAGCCUGCAGAGCCACGAGACCCCGCCUCCUCUCAGGAACCACGACAACCAGGCAAAAAGAGUUCAAAGGUGAAAGGGCUGCGUGGCAGUGGGAAGAUCUGGUCCAAGUCCAACUGAAGACAAGACACUGAGACGUGAAGAUGGCGGAUGGACAGAUGGACACUUUGGCGGACAAACGGAUACAUUAAAGGAUGUGACCGGUGUUCUCUUGUCACAUACACUGGCCACAAUAAAACCGGGAAGCUUAA